GGGCGGGACCGUACUAAGUUUCGGUUUCCUUUUCUCUGAGGCCCUGAGCCCCAGAGGUUGCUGAAGAAUUUUCUGUGCCGUUUUCUGUGUCUGCUUAACUGUCCAGACACAGCAGCUACCCUCAGCUUCGGUCCUUGUACAGGUCCUACAAACAGAUUGGGAAGUAUGGCAGUGGCAACUCGUUUGACUGGGAUGCAAGAAAAGAAGCUGCAAAAUUAUUUUGGAGGAAAACAGUUUACCCUUCUCUAUAAAGCAACUGUCCAUGAAUUCUCUGAAGAUAAUUUGCUUCAGAAAUGCUGUGACCAAGGGCCUACCGUGAUGGUGAUUUAUGGUGGAGCUUAUGUUUUGGGGGCUUAUAUAAGAGAGAGUUACAAGAGAGAUGACAGAGUUCCCAUUGUCCUUUUUGCCUUUCAAGAGAAUGAAAUUUCAGAAUGCAAUAUAGGAGUGGAUUCUCCAUCUUCAUUUCUUUAUCAAUAUAAUAGAAAAUGGGAUGAUUCAGGAUUCCUCCUAAAUCUGGAGCAAAAAAAAGUGAAUAUGAACUUAGACACAUUUAAAAAACUUGGACUACCUCAAAAUCGACCUAUUUCCUUUGAGGAAUGUGAAGUUUUUCGUUGUGAAGAUUUAUUGGACAAAAGAAUCAUGAAAGGGAUUACACAUCGAUUGUUAAAAUUGUCCUGUCGAAACAGACUCCAUGACAAAUUGUUGGCUGACAUGAGAAUUUACAGACCACAUAGAGACCUCAUUCACCAAAUACGGAUUCUGCUCCUGGGUCCAACUGGAGCUGGGAAGUCUAGCUUUUUCAACUCAGUAAAGUCUGUUUUCCGAGGCCACGUAACACACCAGGCUCUGGUGGGCUCUGAUACAACCGGGGUAUCUGACAAGUACAGGACAUAUUCCAUUAAGGAUCCAAGGGCUGACAGACCCCUGCCAUUUAUUCUGUGUGACUCAAUGGGGCUGGGUGAGAGGGAAAAAGGGCUGUGCAUGGAUGAUAUAGUCUACAUCUUAAAAGGCCACAUUUCUGACAGAUACCAGUUUGAUUCCACGAAAGCAAUCACACCAGGUCAUAGUAACUAUAUUGACUACCCAUUGCUGAAGGACAGAAUCCAUUGUGCAGCAUUUGUGUUCGACAUCAAUUCUGUUGAAUACCUCUCUCGUGACAUGAUGGCUAAGAUCAAAAAAAUUCGAAGGGAGUUGAUAAAGUGUGGUGUAGUCCAUGUGGUUUUGCUCACUCAUGUGGAUAGCAUGGAUCUGGUUACAAGAGGUGACCUUAGAGACAUAUACAGCUGUAUGCCUGUGAAGCUCAAGUUAGAGACAGUCCACAGAGAACUUGGAUUUGCACUUUCUGACAUCUUGGUGGUUAGUAAUUAUACCUCAGAGUGGGAGUUGGACCCUGUAAAGGACGUUCUGAUCCUCUCUGCACUGAGACAGAUGCUGUGGGCUGCAGAUGACUUCUUAGAGGAUUUGCUUCUUGAGGAAACAGAGAUCAAAGAAAACGAAUUAUCAAGUGUGUAAAAGAAGGAAAAAAAUGUGUGAACCCUUCAUAUAAUAAUAAUAAUUUUUAUCUCAUCAUAGAAGAUUGAAAAUUGAGAAAUAAGAAAACACAGGAAAAAGAGAAGUAGCUUAAACAGAAGGGGCAUGUUUUAUUUAUGUCUGGGAUGAAGCUAUGUUUACAAAAUGAUAAUACCGGCAAAUAACUAGGAACAGUGGGCUUUAAAGCCAUUAAUCGUGGAAAAAUGAUCAUAAUUUCCUUUGGAUUUAUGUUCUGUAUCUGUGAAAAAUGAAAGUUUCUUCUUACAAAACCUGAAUUUAACUUAAGUGUGUGUGUGUGUGUGUGUGUGUGAGAUUUGGAAAAGUUUAUUUUAAUUUGUCAGUGUCUUCUGGUCUUCACCCAUGUCAUCUUAAUUUUGCCUUCUUUUUUUAUUUCUAAAGUAUUUGAUCUUCUCUUUGGGUUUCCAGUUAAUGUUGUAUUCUUUAACUGAAAGCCAUUUGUUUGUUUGUUUAAUAUCUGAAACCCUCUUCUAGGAUGUGAAAAUACUGGUAAGAGUUUGAGAGGACUAAAACGGACAAACACUAUAGUUUGAUUUUUCUGUCAAUUAUGACUAUUUUAGUUACAAGUGACAAAACUCAACCUGAAUUACAUGAUUAAAAAAUAAUCAAACCAUAUAAAAGGCUGGAAUUGAACAGAACUGCCUCAGAAAUGGUUGACUCUAGGGAUUCAAAAGCUAUUCUCUCUCUCUCUCUCUCUCUCUCUCUCUCACACACACACACACACACACACACACACACACACACACUGGUUCCUUCUUUGUGUCUAUUACUGUCAUUCUCUCAGGCUAGCAUUCUUGAUAAAUCUUAAAACAUCUGAAUCCAAGCUUCAAGUUGACAUUCAUUCAGUCUUGGAAUCCAAAAAAGAAGAGGGCUUUUCUUUUCCAGUUUCAUUGUGAAAUAGUCCAAAAAAGGACUGCAACUGAUCUAGCUCGAAUCAUAUGCCUAUUCCCAGGAACAUUUUAUCUGCAGAAGAGAGAGGAAUGUGAUCUUCCCAUCGUAAGUCAUACUUGCCCAGGAAGAGUGAUUUGUUAUUAGAAGAGGGGAGUUAAUCAUGUUAUUAGGAGAAGAGAGUGUUGGAUUAACUGAGCUGGAGGGGCACCUCAAUUUGUAUCUUAUAGAUUUGAGAAGUUUUGUAUCUAGUUUCUCACUUAGAUUAUAAAGAAAGUCUUGUUAAUAAGUCUAAAAAUCAUCAACAGUUACUUUUAAAAAGCUUUUUAUGAAAGUAACAUAUACACAUAAAAAGUGUACAGUUCAUAAUUACAUGGCUCAAUACAUUUUGAUAGACUUAACCCAUGAAACUAGAACUCAGGUAAGAAACAGAACAUUCUAGAAGUCCUCUUAAAGCCCGAGUCUAGCUACCUAGAAUAUCCACUAUUCUGACUUCUAAUUGCAUAGAUUAGUCUUGUCCUUUUUUAUCCCUUUCAUAACAUUAUGCACUAUUUACUCUUUACUCUUUUGGGUCCGACUUCUUUCAUGAGAUAGUGUAUUUGUUUGACUCAUAUUAUUGUACAUAGGUAAAGAUCAUUUAUUCUCAUCUAUCCUAUUAAUGUGAUGUUAAUGGGUAGUUCUAAUACUUUCCUUACAGAUCAACAAUACGUUCCAUAUAUGUUGCAUUAAGCAUUUUUCUGAUUUAUAGCUACAUAGAAAUAAACCAUGUGAUUUUGGGUCUUUCCAAUUUUGUAUAAUAAUAAAGAUUCCAUAAUGGGAACAUA